AUGGGCCAUAUACGCUUCGAUAGCGAUGACGAAGACAUGGGUAGCGGGCAAGGGCCGCAGCCAAGCACAUCUGCGCCGGCUGGGCCGCCAGGGACACUGAAGCUCCCUACAUGCUGUGGUUCUGCCCGGGUAGACUUUAAUUUUAACGAUCCAUGCUACGUCUUCCGAGCCUUGCCCAGUCCAUCCGGGGACCUAGUUGCCGCGUCCGUGUCAAACCACGCUAUCAAGCUCUAUCAGCCUAGCGGUCCACAGCUAUCUCUUGUCGGAGAGCUUAGGGGCCACACAGGGACCGUUACGGACCUCUCUUUCAGCAGUACUAGCCAGCCGUAUGCUAUUUUGUCGUCAUCAGCUGACGGCUCACUAGCUGUAUGGGAUGUGCGGAGCAUGCAGCUGGCGGAAAGGUAUGAGGUGCGGAAUCAAGAGAUUUUUUGCCAUUCCAGUCUCGAGCACGUGCUGGCGGCAGGGAUUACUGGAGAGGUACUUUUCUGGGACCGGCGCACAAGGAAACCACUAGCGAAAUUGGACGACACCCAUGCGGAGGACGUCACGCAGGUUCGAUUCCACAGCAGCGGCCGUAUCCUCAGCGGCUCUACCGAUGGUCUCAUAGCUGUCCACGACGUAUCCAAGUCUUUCAACGACGACGAUGUGUUCCAGGCCGCGAUCAACAUCAAUAACUCCGUAGAAGAAUUUGGCCUGUAUGGUCAUGGCGGUGGGCGGCUGUGGGUCAGGACGGGGACGGAGAGCGUCCACCUGUGGGAGUGGUUACUAGCCACCACUGAAGAUGUCCCUGGGGGCGAUAUGCAGUUCGCAGAUUUUCCUAUGGCGCGUGAAGCGGCAUCGCAGGCGUGCGCUGCAUCCGCAGCAGGCAGCAUCGUACCACAGGUUGACUAUCUUGUUGGCUGUCAUUACGAUAGCCCAACGAACCAGCUCUUUUUGGUGGUAGGGCAUAACGAUGGGCCGGUGGCCUUUGUGCCAGUCCUCGAGCAACAGGGUCCUCAGGGCAACAUGGUCGCGGCUGCCAUGGCGUGCCCUGUAAUGGCCCUAACGGGCGGGCAUUCCUCUAUCGUGCGGUCGUUGCAUUGCAUGGGUGAAGGUUCUACAGGGCCACUUUGCGUGACGGGCGGCGAAGAUGCGCUCGUUUGCAUGUGGACGCUGGAUCAGGAGCUUGUAAACGCUGCCGCCGCUGCUGCAGCGGCAUCCGGAACAGCAACAGCAGUAGCUCCGUCGGCCACUGGGCGACUGCAACAGCGCUUGUCCCCCGGACCAGACCGACAACAUGGGCAGGAGAGGCUUGGCGGCAAGAACAAGCGGCCCUCGCCGUAUUGA